GCUGCUCACUGUAGUCAGAUCCUACUGCGACUCCCCUCAGCCUGUGGACUAUUAAGUCUAGGUGGGUUAGGAAGGACAGGGUGAGGCCAUGGCCAACUCAGCUCUGGAGAUCAUUGGUUUGUUGCUGUCUCUCAUCGGUCUGAUCGGGACGGCUGCCAGCACGGGGAUGCCCAUGUGGCGCGUGACGGCCUUCAUCGGAGAGAACAUCAUCGUCUUCGAGACGCGCUACGAGGGUCUGUGGAUGAACUGCUUCAGACAGGCCAACAUCAGGAUGCAGUGUAAGGUGUACGACUCCCUCCUGGCUCUGCCUCCAGACCUGCAGGCGGCCAGGGGUCUGAUGUGCUGUGCCUUGGCCCUGGGAGGGGUAGGGCUGCUCAUCUCUCUCCUGGGGUUACAGUGCACCGCCUGCAUCCAGGACAACGACCGGGCCAAACGCACGGUGCUCAUCAUCGCCGGCAGCAUGAUCCUCGGGGCCUGCGUCUGCGUCAUCAUCCCAGUCUCCUGGACGGGUCACGCCAUCAUCCGUGACUUCUACAACCCCCUGCUGAUCGAUGCCCAGCGCAGGGAGCUGGGAGAGGCUCUCUACAUCGGAUGGGUCUCCUCUGCCUUCCUCUUCGCCGGCGGCUGCAUGUUCUGCUGCUGUAACAUCAAAGAGGAUAAAAGGCCAGACAGGUAUAUGUACUCCAGGAACAGCCCUAGUCAAUACACGUCUUACCCCCCUCAGCCACAGUACCAGCCACAGCCUCAACAACUACUGCAGCCCCAGUCUCUAGAGAGGCAGCCGUCCAAUCACAGCUACCCCGGCUCCAACCACCACCCCUCCAGGUACCCCUCGGUACGCAGCGCUGAGGCUUACCUCUGAACGUUGAGACUAAGGGAGGGAAAGGGACUGGGUGUGAGGAACUGCAACGGACCUGACUGAGAUGUGUUCUUAUGGGUUUGAAAGAAGCAUUUCAUUUGUUUAAAACAAAUUACAUUUCAGCUUGAGUAAGAGACUAAAUGACUUAACUGUGACAAAGAGAGAAUUUGGAAGAACACUUAAUCGUAAAAAAUUAUCAAGAUGCAUUUCAGUUGAGAAAAAAACGUGUCUAUUGGAUUUGUUUGUAAGAAAGCUGUUUAAAGAUAUUAAAUACACUUAUAGUCGAUGAACUGUGAACUCAGGAGAGGACUUUGAGUGACCCUUAAUCCAAAUAAUUAUCCUUUGUUUCAAGUUUUUAUAUGCUCAUAUUGUACUUUGUAUUGGUGGGGUGCAUAAGGACACGUUUUAUAUGCUCAUAUUGUACUUUGUAUUGGUGGGGUGCAUAAGGACACGUUUUUAUAAUGACGUCCCUUAAGAUGAUUUGUGUGAAUAUAUAAAUAUAAUAUAAAUAUUACACACCUUGGUGUUGAUGUUGUGGUGUACGCUGUGCAGUGAAUUUAGGUAAUUACACAUAAUAGCAUAAUAUACACAUUUUAUCA